CCGGAGCGAUGGCAGCUGGCGCCGUGGUCGACUCGCUCCUCUCCGGAGCCUGUGUGGUCUUCACCCUCGGCAUGUUCUCCACCGGCCUCUCGGACCUCAGGCACAUGCGAGUGACCCGGAGUGUGGACAACGUCCAGUUCCUGCCCUUUCUCACUACGGAUGUCAACAACCUGAGCUGGCUGAGUUAUGGGGUCUUGAAGGGAGACUGGACCCUUAUCAGCGUCAACGCCGUGGGCGCUGUGCUUCAGACCUUGUAUAUCCUGGCGUAUCUCCACUACUGCCCUCGCAAGCAAGCCUUGCUCCUACAGACUGCCACUCUGCUGGUGGUUCUUCUCCUGGGUUAUGGCUACUUUUGGCUCAUGGUGCCUGACCCUGUCACUCGACUUCAGCAGCUGGGCCUCUUCUGCAGCGUCUUCACCAUCAGCAUGUACCUCUCACCACUGGCUGACUUGGCCAAAGUCAUUCAGACCCAGUCAACGCAGCGCUUCUCCUACCCACUCACCAUUGCCACCCUCCUCACCUCGGCCUCCUGGUCUCUCUAUGGGCUUCGCCUCAGAGAUCCCUACAUCAUGGUGCCCAACCUCCCAGGAAUCUUCACCAGCCUCAUCCGUCUCUGGCUUUUCUGGAAGUAUCCCCAGGAACAAGACAAGCACUAUGGGCUCCUGCAGACCUGAGGUGUCUCACUUGACCUCUGGCCACCUUCACGGCAAUCCAGUACCAAAGAGAACCCUUCCUGGUGCCCAGCUCCACGAGCAAAGUGGGUGGCGGGAAAGAAAGAGGGAUGACUGUGACUAGAAAUAGCUUUACUUCGAAGACAGGGUGGGACUUGGGAGAGGAAUCGCCUUUUAUAUCUUAAAGAUUAUUUUUUUGUAAUUUCAGAGGUUGGGGUGAUAGCUUUCAAAUGUGCCUUGGAAUAAAUCGUUCCUCCUCCAUGCUACCCAUCA